ACCAACUGUUGUGACGUUGACGUAAACUCUCAGUUCAGAAACGCGGAAGUCAGGCAGCGGACAGUGCCGAAGUGUCAGAGUGAAUCUGCAAACUUUGACUGCACAGUCACAGACGUUAGCAGAGAGAGGAAAGAGGAUGGCACCUAAGAGAAGGGCAACAUCAAGCACCAAAGCUGGAGGGAAGAAGGUAAAGGAGGAGCCUGAAGCUCCUCCGAAGGACAAGUUCACCUCUGUCAAAGAGGCUCUGAAGGCAACAGAGCCACAGGUGAAGGGCAUGAGGAACCCAGACAGCUUCUGUCAUCUACUAAAUUCUGAGGUUCAUGAAGAUUACGACUGUAUGCUAAACCAAACCAACAUUGGAAACAACAACAACAAAUUCUAUGUAAUCCAAGUCUUAUCGUCUGGAGGAAAGUGUUAUUGUUGGACAAGAUGGGGCAGAGUGGGAGAGUCAGGUCAGAACAAUUUAGCUGGACCAUCUACCGCUGAUGCAGCUAUUAAGAAUUUUGAAAAGAAAUUCAAAGAUAAGACCAAGAAUAACUGGAGCGAUCGUGAAAACUUUGUCUCGUAUUCUGGAAAAUAUACGUUGAUAGAGGUAGAUGGGGACCAGGAUGCAGAAGUGAAGGUGGACACUGUUGACGGUGGAGAUUUGAAGGUGAAAACGGAACAACAUGUUCUGCCUUGUACAUUGGAUGAGGCAACUCAAAGACUCAUCCGAUUCAUCUUCAACAAUGACAUGUUCAAAGAAGCCAUGACCAGCAUGAACCUGGAUAUUAAGAAGAUGCCCUUGGGGAAACUCAGCAAGCAGCAGAUAGCCAAAGGCUUUGAGGCUUUGGACCAGAUUGAAGCUGCAAUAAAGAAUGGGGAACGGAACAAGUUAGAAGAUCUCACCAACAAAUUCUUCACCAUAAUUCCUCAUAACUUUGGCCGCAACAGACCACCUAUCAUCUCUGAUGAUUCUGUCCUUCAGGGCAAGAAGGAGAUGCUUUUGGUUCUUGCAGACAUUGAGGUUGCCCAGAGUCUUAAAGCUGAAUCCGAGAAAGCAAAAGAAGAGAUGAAGGACACAGUGCCACAUCCAUUUGACCAAAAUUACCAGUCUCUUAAAUGCAAGCUAAGCUUAAUGGAUAAGAAGUCAAAGGAAUUCAAGAUUAUUGAGAAGUACUUGAAUGCCACGGGAAGAACAGGACUCACAUUGGUGGAUGUCUGGGAAGUUGACAGAGAUGCAGAGGCUGAGCGCUUCAGGGAAAAUGAUGCAUUGGAGAACAGGAAGCUGCUUUGGCAUGGAACAAACGUGGCAGUGGUUGCAGCAAUUCUGAAGAGCGGCCUUCGCAUUAUGCCCCAUUCUGGUGGACGUGUGGGCAGGGGAAUCUAUUUUGCCUCUGAAAACAUCAAAUCUGCUGGCUAUGUGCAUCCAUCCAACAACAUUGGCAUCAUGUUUCUAAAUGAAGUUGCUUUGGGAAAAGAGUACACCAUCACGCAGGAUGAUUGCAGCCUAAGGAAGGCUCCUGCUGGCUAUGACAGCGUAGUUGCACGUGGGAACCAAGAACCAGAUCCCUCAAAAGAUGUCUUCAUUGAGUUGGAUGGUAAAAAGGUGGUGGUUCCUCAGGGAAAAGCCAUAAAACAACAGCAGUACCAAGAAAGUUCCUUCUUCAACAGUGAGUACCUCAUCUAUAAGGAAAGCCAGUGUCGCAUCCGAUACCUCCUGGAACUGAAGUUCAGUUAUUAGAGCUGAUUUGAAAACCUGGGACUGUAAACGGUUACAGUUAUGCAUAUAACCAUUUAUAAAUGUCACUUCUGCUACAUGGUUUCACUCUCACUUGCAUUGAAUGUUCAGUUAUACAGUUAUUUUAUAAUUAUUUUGUUAUUAUUAACAUUAUUUGUUAAGUUGAAUGUUAAAUUGUGAUUUUGAAAUACAGUUCAGCAAUGUUAAUUUCCUCUAUUCCUCUAUUUAAUGAGUCGGAGAGUCUGAUAAAAAUUUCAUCACUACAUUACACCUUUAUUAUGGACUGUAAACAUGGUAAAUAUAGCUUUACAGUAUGUUUGCUCAUUUUGCCUUCUCUCCAAUUGAGGUUUAAAUGUCUUAUUAUCAUUACUCUUCUGUAACAGAAGGUAUUCAUAUUAGAAACAUAACUGCAGGUUUCUAUACUGUCCACCUUUAAACAGUAAAAAAAA